AUGGAUGAAACUACAAUUGCAACCACCAAUGGGACCAAGUACCCGAUAUAUCUGUCAUUCACUGAGCGAACCUUAUUUUCUGCGUACCUUUUCAUCAUCAUGUUCAUCGGGUUUGUCGGGAAUGUAACGGUGGUUUUCCUCGUCUUGUCCGUGAAGAAGCUCCAGACAGUCACCAACGUAUUCGAGGUGAACCUUGCAGUUGCUGAUACUCUAACGUGCCUCGUGGCCAGCUUGUCGGCCGUCAUCGUCCUGUCUUACGAACUGAUCCUACCCAUGUGGCUUUGCCAGUGUAUUGCCUUUGGACUGCUGACUUUCAUCGGAUGUAGCUUGAACACCCUGGCUUUGAUCGCCGUCAACCGGCUGGUUGCUGUCACCGACACGGCCAGGAUUCGGUACCGCAAAAUCUACACCUGCUGGAAACUGACUGUGAUGAUUGCUGUGGCUUGGGCCAUACCAAUCUUUGUAGCUCUGAUCCCCGUCUUUUCUGAUUAUGCUGAUCUUGGCUACGACCCGCGUUUCAGUACCUGCACCUGGCUGUCUGCGCCGGUGGAUGGACUCAUCUACUCGUUCUUCGUGGCCGCAGUGUUUUACCCGGUCCAGCUCACCAUCGUCACGGCAUCCUAUGUCAGGAUUUUCCUCUUCGUCCGCAGCUCGACCAGGAAAAUGACGCUGAGGGGAACCCCUCAGUGUGGAACGCCAUCUAGUCUCCAGAAGCAGCUCUCGAAGCGUCAGCUGGCCGUCACGAAGAACCUCUUCCUUGUGGUUUGUGUGUUCCUCCUGUGCAUUUUCCCGUACUUUUUCGUCCUUGCUCUAGACUCCAUCGCCUAUGAAGCCCUGCCUUACACCGCCGUUCUGCUUCUAACCAACAGUUGUUUGAACCCUAUCAUCUACGGAACAAAACAUCCGGACUUCCGUGUAGAAUUUUGUCGCUUGUUCAACCAUUUCUUUGGCAGGUGCCGGUCUAAGAAGGCUAAGACAAGUGAGGAGAGCAGUCAUUCAGUGCCCUCUUCGUCCGUGAAAAUGGCCACCAGGGACACCAAAGACACAACAGUGUAA